CCGACAGCAAAGGAGACUUCAUCAGACAAACAAGGAACUUCUGUCAUCCGGGAUCAACAUUCAGCAUAUUGCGAAUCCCAGCAAGGAAGUUUACGAAGAUUCAAAAAUAGCUGCUACAAGUUUUUCAGCGAAAAGGAGGAUUUAUCAACCAAUAUAACGACGUUGCUGACAAACAGUUACACUGAGACAUCAGUUCAUCAAACAGCAGAGACGUGGAUUGACGCGGACUCAGUUUGUCAGCGACUGUUUGGACCCGGAGCUCAUUUGAUCUCGAUAAACACAAUGGCAGAGUUUAGCUUCGUCUUUUCCUUCUUGUCGGACUCUGAAAAUGAAUUUUGGAUCGGAUUGACACUCAACAGAACAAAGCAAAUGUUCGAGUGGCUGGAUGGCUGGCCCAUGAGUUUCCAAAACUUUGACGCUGCGAAUCGAGCAAAUGUACCAUUGCAUAAUCAUAGGAAAAAUGCCGAACACCUGCAGCGAAAUUCAAGGAAAGACUUGUGCUACUCCAUGUCACCGAAAUCUGGGAAGUGGCAUUCUAAGGAAUGUCAUGAAAAAUUACCAUUUGUUUGUGAGCUACCAGCUUCAGAACAUGAGAAAGAUUUGCUGAACUCACAAGAAAAGACGAAUUCCCAAAUUUGUCAAAUUCCUGCGUGGAUCGACAUCGGGACGCAGUUUUGCUACUUCGUUGAACGUAUUGACAAGCAAACGUUCCAAGGGGCUCUCAAUGUGUGCCAGUCGGUUAACGGUUCACUAGCAAGCAUUCACGAUGAACUGGAGCAAACUUUGAUUCACCAGCAGUUACUAGAUUCACACGACAUCUGGAUUGGACUUCAGAGAAAUGACACUCUUGGAUAUGAACAUUUCCAGUGGGUUGAUGGAAGCUCCGUCAACUUCAAAUCCUGGGCUCCAGGAGAACCAAGCGACCCUGCAGAAAAAUGCGUGGAAAUGUACGGCUCAAGUGGUCACUGGAAUGACAACAACUGCUUCCACUACAAAGGCUACGUCUGCAAAAUUUCGAAGCCAGCCGUGAAGUGAACAUCUCAUCAAAGAAAUCCUUGUUUUCUAAUCGUGGAAAAAGAAAAGAGAAAUGUAUCUUUGUCGGAAAGAAAAAAAAUUGGCGAAGAAAAUG